GGUGCGGGGCCCAAGCACUUGGGCCAUCCUCCACUGCACUCCCGGGCCACAGCAGAGAGCUGGCCUGGAAGAGGGGCAACCGGGACAGAAUCCGGCACCCAGACCAGGACUAGAACCCAGUGUGUUGGCACCGCAAGGUGGAGGAUUAGCCUAGUGAGUCACGGCGCCAGCCCCAUGAUUAUAUCUUGAGAUAUGAAACCAGUGAAUUUUUACAAAUAUGUAACUAGAUAGCUGGAUCUCUUUUUAGGUUUUUGAAGUUUUGCUUUCCCCCAAAUUCCCGAAUGCUUUCUUCAUUUCUCUUCGUCCUUUUUUUUUUCCCUUUUCCCCCUUAGAUUGUUUUCAAAUGGCUUUUCUUUGAUCCUAUUAAUUUUUGUUUUAUCUAACUGAUGCCCCAUUGUUUUUUAAAAUUCAAUUAGUGUAUUUUUCAGCUCAAAGAUUUAUUUGAUUAUUUAAAAUUAUUCUUUCUUAGAUAAUUAAAUUGUUUCUCUGUGCUAUCUAAAAGCUCAUCAAGUUUCCUUAAAACAGCUAUGUUAAAUUUUACACAUGAGAAUUUGCCUCCUGGUCAAUUUAUGGCACCUUGUUUUGUUUUUUUUUGGGUGAGGUCAUGGUCCCCUGAAAGAUCUUGAUGUUUGUUUCUACAUGAUGUCAUGUGCAAUUUGAAUGAUCAGGUAUUUUUCUUGCCCUUCAUAAUCUGGCUUCGUUUGUGCCUGUACUUCCAGAAAUCCUAAGGAAUCUGCUGAUUUUCUUUAAGCCUGUGCCCACUGCUGCUAAAUCACCACCAGAUGACACCGUAAAUUAAGAUUUGUUAUGAGUUUACUGGUGGUGUAUUGUCACUGUUUCAGCACCUGAGGACGUCAGUAUGUUAUUCAAAAUGAAUUGGGUUAGUGUCUAAAAUGAGAUAGUCUGUUCCUACCAGCAUCUAUCUUGGGCCAGGAUAGACUCAACUGCCUCAACCAUAGUCAAUGAUCUGUGGUCUGGAGCUAUGGAAUUUUGCCUGGCUAUGGACAUCACUGUGGAGGCAAUAACCCCAAAUUUCAAUUAAAUGACUUGGUACCUGCCUCGUCUUUCUUUCUAUAAGUAGAUAAUUAUUCUUCCAUGUUAAUGCUGCCUGAAGUUGCAGAACAAAGGUAGUAAGCAUUCCUGUGACCACCAACAAUGCAAUGGCAGAUGACAGUCAGAGGUCACAGCCCACCAAGACCAGUGCAGCAUGGGAGUAGGACCAACACUGCUAUGGGCUUCUUAUUGCUGUGGUAAACUCAUGGCUGGAGACUGCUACAACCAGAAACAUUUGAUGCUAUCUGGGCUAUGUCUGAUAGACUGGCACUACAGAUGUCUACUUGGCAUUGGGGUAAGUCCUGAUACUCUAUCCACUGGCCUGGGGGCAGAGCCUGCUAGGUUUUGCCCAGGGUUAAGAUUUACCAGCCUGACACAGUUCUAAGACAUAGUCUUGUGCCUCUUUCACCCUUCCUCUUCAGAGACUUGGGUCUCGUUCCUCAAAUUCUUUAUCAGACUGGGAGAGUGGUGGUGGAGGAAGUCCAUGGCCAACCAGGCUAGUACUAGCUGAAUCCACACCUGGGUCUUACAGCUUCUGAAGACUAUGUAGGUUCUGGGGGGUUGGGGUGCAUACUAGGCCCAAAGGAGGAUGGCAAUGAUACAGGCAAAAACAUGAUUUUUUUUCUGUCAUUAAAAGGUUUCUUCCUGAUGAUGAGGCAGAUCUAGAGGCUUCAUCUGUGAGUACUGACCUGGAGAUAGGGUCUUUUGGACUCUAUCUGGUGCUGGGUCUCACCCUGGCAGGUCUGGCGCAUAGCUUCAAGCAAAAUCCACUGAUGAUACAAGCCUGGGACCAGGGACUGUGAGUUUUACUAAGGUGGGCCUGAUUAUUGGUUUCAGUUCUAAUGUCUGGACUGAAUUCUUUCUUUCUCCCUUCCUGAGGCAGGAGGGUGAGGCAUCACUUUCCCCAGUGCCAUGCUUGGAGCUAGGAGAGGCAAUUCUUUCAUUUAUGCCUGCUUUAAUAUAUCUUUUCUUUCCUUUUUUUUUUUAAAAGCUUUGAUUUAUUUGAACAGCAGACUAAGAGAGAAGGAGAGACAGAGAAAGAGAGAGAGAGAUCUCCCAUCUGAUGGUUCACUCCCCAAAUGACUGCAAUGGUUGGAGCUGGGCUAGGCCAAAGCCAGGAAACUUGAACUGUACGUGGGUCUUCCACAUGGGUUUCAGAGGCUCAGACACUUGGGCUAUCAUUCACUGCUUUCCCAGGAACAUUAGCAGGGAGCUAGAUAUGAAGUGGAGCUGCUGGGUCAUAAACUGACACUCACAUGGGAUGCCAGCAUUGCAGGCAGUGGCUAAACUCACUAAGCCAUAAUGCUAGCCCCUUUAAUCUGUCUUUUCUUAUUAUUUUACUAAAUACAGUAAACCAGAUGUUGUCUCUCAUCUGGCUUCCUUGGCUCUUGUUAAGGUGUCUUGGUAUUUCACUAGCUGUUUUCAUUUGGGUCUCUGUGGGGAAAUAAUUGCUGGGGUAUUUUAUUCAGCUACCAUCUUACUCUACUCUUCUCUUUUUUAAUAGAAAAUUUUAAAAAAUACGUGAGGAAAAGAAGACUUAGGAAUAUCUGAGAAAACAGUUUACAUUAAGAGAAGUAACUCGUCUUCAGCAUUAGUGAGUUUAACUGCAUAUAUACACUGUACCAUAGCUACUUCUCAUCUCAGAUUUUGGAGAAUCUGCAACUAGCAAGCAGCUGAUUAUCAGGGGAUCACUCUUACUAUCUAUAUACCUGUCAUCUAUCAUCUAUCAAUUUAAUGUUCCCAAGACUCAUGAUUUAAAGAAAUUUUUUUAGCAUUAUUUUACUCAAGUAUUAGAAAUUUUCCUUUAAUGGGAUGGCUUAAGAAUAACCAAUCAACAUAUAGAAACAACAGAUAACACUUUAAUAUAAGAUGCAUUUUUUAAGAUCUAUUUAUUUGAAAGGCAGAUGACACAGAGAUAAAGAAAUCUUACAUCUGCUAGUUUACUCCCCAAAUAGCUGCAAUGGCUGAGAAUAGGCCAGGCCAAAGCUAGGAGUCAGGAACUUCAUGCAAGUCUCCUACAUGUAUUUCAGGGGUCCCAGUACUUGAGCCAUCUUCUGCUGCCUUCCCAGGUACAUUAGCAGGGAGCUGGAGUGGAAGUAGGACAGUUGGGACUCAAACCAUGUUGGUUUCACAAGUAGUGACUUAACCCAAUGAGCCGUAAUGCGUGCUUAAGACCUGUGAUUUUUUUUUUUUUAACAGAAGGGAAUUAAAGACUAAACAUAGGCACCGUUGAAAGUGAGUGGGAGGCUAUUCAUUAGAUCAUUGAUUCUAGCUCUUCUGGAACUAAGUUGUAAAAUAUUGGAUGAUGAAUUUCUUUGUUCCUUGGCUUCCUAAUCUGAAGAAUAAGAGAAAUAACUGUUAUUAACUUCAUGAUUGUUGUGUUGCUAAAAUAAAUUUAUAUAUUCAUAUUAAAGAUUUACACAGAAUAAUGCCUUUCCUCAUAAUGAUUUUGUUCUUAUUGCAUUGAAGUCACCUCUGUCUAAAAAAAUCAAGGCUGGUGUUUUCCUAUUCUUUGAAAGAAAACUUAGAUGCAUAUUCCCAGAUACUACUAAAUGUACAAAAGGGAUUUGGGCCAAGGAUGAAUAUUAGUUAAAUCAUUAUUUCUUCUCAGGUAAAAGUAAUCACACAAGUCUUAACAACAUGAAGGAAUUUGAGAAAAUAAAAGAAUAAAUAGAGACUUAUGACAUUCUCAAUGAGGUUAUAAAAUCUGCUGUAAGGAAGAUCCUUGCCAUUCUGAAUUGCUUUAGGCAGGUCAAACUCAGCCAGCAACUGAAAUUGUUUGCUGUGAUUUUGCAGUCUUCUACCUUCUUGCCCAGAGAUUUCUCCCAUGGGCAACUCAAAUCCUCCCUGGAACAUUUGCCUAGGCCACCUCUGUUCUACCUAGUAAAUAUAAAUUUUCAUUGACUCCUUUGCUCUUACAUCAAUCUUUUCACAAAUUUAAUCACUUUUAUUAAUUUUGAAAUAAUUUUUCCAUGGUAGCAAAUGAAUUUGUGAUUCCGAUAACCUUAUGAGUUGUAUGUAGUCUGUUUUUGACUCUCAAUUGGCAAAUCCCUGAAAUUUUUGGUUGUAAUUAAAAAAAAAUUUUAAUGUUGUUAACACGUGUCCCUUUCAUAUCUUAGACAUAGGAGUGCUUAUCAGAUUAUUAUAUAAACCUUAUUUAACAAUUUUCUGGGCCAUCCCAUCACGACUAAGAGCCCAAGAUACCUUUCCUGGCAGGCCUGGUGCCUUGCGGAAGUUGCUCCCCAGGCCUGGGCGCCUUCUGGGUGGGCUGCAGCGGGAGUAAAGAAGAUGGCCGCCAUGGUGCGGGGAGAAGAGUCCUUGUGGCAGGAGCGGGAGGCAGUGGUCCUCAGCAUUUUGUUGUCUUCAUUGUGCCCCCUUUUCAACCCGUGAUGUCACUGAGAAAGCGAGGCGGCCGCGGCCGCCCAGAAACAAGUGGCCCAACCUAGUGACUGUCAGCACCCGUCACAAAUGGCGGCCUGGCAAAAAACCCUGACUGCGCUCUGUGAUUGCAUUUCCCUUGGCCAAUUCAGGGCCCUCUAAAGCAGGAAAAGGCCUCCGUUCUUCGCUUCCUGCUGUCCUUCUCCACAGCCUUCUCCACAGACAAGGCACAGAGGCUUCCGUCGUUCCCUCGGAAGUGUGGGGGCCUGGCCUCGGCCUCCAUCUUUAUCUCAGGAUGGCGAGCAGCAGCGACUCCAGGGCCAAACUAAUUGUCGGAGGGAAAUAUAAACUGGUCCGGAAGAUCGGGUCUGGGUCCUUUGGGGACAUUUAUCUGGCGAUUAACAUCACCAACGGCGAGGAAGUGGCAGUGAAGCUAGAAUCUCUGAAGGCCAAGCAUUCCCAGUUGCUGUACGAGAGCAAAGUCUAUAAGAUUCUUCAGGGUGGGGUCGGCAUCCCGCACAUACGGUGGUAUGGUCCGGAGAAAGACCAUAAUGCCUUGGUCUUGGAUCUUCUGGGACCCAGCCUCCAGGACCUCUUCAGUUUCUGUUCAAGGAAGUUCACAAUGAAAACUGUCCUUAUGUUGGCUGACCAGAUGAUCAGCAGAAUUGAAUAUGUGCAUACAAAGAAUUUUAUACACAGAGACAUUAAACCAGAUAACUUCCUCAUGGGCAUUGGACGGCACUGUAAUAAGUUAUUCCUUAUUGAUUUUGGUUUGGCCAAAAAGUACCGAGACAACAGGACCAGGCAACACAUACCGUACAGAGAAAAUAAGAGCUUCACUGGCACUGCGCGGUAUGCCAGCAUCAAUGCGCAUCUCGGUAUUGAGCAGAGUCGCCGGGAUGACAUGGAAGCAUUAGGAUACGUUUUGAUGUAUUUUAAUAGAACCAGCCUGCCAUGGCAAGGACUGAAGGCUGCAACAAAGAAACAAAAAUAUGAAAAGAUUAGUGAAAAGAAGAUGUCCACUCCUGUGGAAAUUUUAUGUAAGGGGUUUCCUGCAGAGUUUUCCAUGUAUUUAAACUAUUGUCGUGGGCUGCGCUUUGAAGAAGUCCCUGAUUACAUGUAUCUGAGGCAGCUCUUCCGCAUCCUUUUCAGGACCCUGAACCACCAAUAUGACUACACAUUUGAUUGGACAAUGUUGAAGCAGAAGGUAGCAUAGCAAGUAGUCUCUUCCAGUGGGCAGGUUCAGCAGACCCACGGCCCCAAAUUUCUAAGUAUGAAUUGUGGAGCAGAACAAGUGGAUCAUAUGAUCAGAACAGCAUUUGUUUCUUCCCAAAUCCAGAAAUUUUAGUUUGCAACACUAGCUAGUGCUUGUGGACAACCAUUUACUUGAUGUAGAGGAUUUAAUUUCAAUUUUAACUGGUUCUGGGUAGCAUUGUGAUUCUGAUUAUCAAGUAUGUAGCAUUGUGAUUGUGAAUAUUAAGUGAGAUAGUGAAUCAUGGUGUCUGGUUGUCUUGCAUUUUUUCAAGUGGAAAAGAUAACUAUAUGAUUGAUACAAAUUGUUAGAGAAAUUGUACAUACACAUUUUGUCUCAGUAAACACUUUGCAUUUUGAACUACACUGCUUUGAGAUCUCAUUUCCAAAGAACGGCAUGAAGAGUCUUCAGCCAUACUUGUGAUGGUUGGAAAUUCUUACAAUUGCACAUUCUUAGGGUUUUAACACCCCUGGAAUUUGCAAGCUGUUCCCUUAAAACAUUCUUAAAAUGACUGGCUUCUUGUGAUCCUAGUAUUUGACAUAUAAAAAGACACUGCCUACUUACCUAUGAUAAAUUACAGCAUCUAAAGUGAAGAUUGGCAUUUCUUUAGAAACAUUUUAUUUAUCACAGGGAAUUUAGUUAACAUACUACAACAGAGUAUGUAUAUUACUUAGAUAAAUGAAUCACUGUGAACAACUAUAUAAUCUGGGGUUUUGUUUUGAAAUGGAAGCUUGUUUGAUUAACAAGUUCAUUAAAAACUAAAGUCAAAAACCCAGUUUUUCUGUUAUUGAUAAGUUGGUUUAUUUUUAUAUAUCCCUUUGUAAAAUGCUGUUAUACAUGUCUUUGUUCACUUUAUUAUUUAAAAAAUUAUUUGCUUAAACUACAACUUUUGGAUUAUUAAGUCAAAAUCUUAAACAUUUAUAUAUAUGAGGAUAAACCAGCUGUGCUCCUAAAAAUAAUAGGUGAAUUUCUAUUCCUAUUAGAUUAAAUGCAUGCAGGAUAUUUGGCUUAUAAAACCCUUAUUAUCCUAAUUCCUGAGACUGUGGAAAAUAACUUGACCGAAGUAACUCAAAUUGAUGUAUGAAUAAAUGAUGGACUUUUCUCCCUCAUUUUAGGGAGAAAUUCUAAGUACAUAUGUUAUAUGUGUGCACACAUUUGCUGCACAGCCUUCUGAGUGCUGGGGAGCAAAUGAACUUUUCUGGGUAUUUAGAUCACACCAUAUAAAAAAAGUGCCAAAUAUGCUUAGUUAGGGAGGCUUGUCUAAGCAGAGUUUAGGUAGAUACUGAUUGAGUGAAGGCACUUGGUAUCUCUUCCAGCAUUGUACUAACUUAAUGAGAAAUUGAUUGGCUUUGCAAAUGAGUUUUAUUUUCUCAAACGCUAUAUAAUAAAAGCAGUGGGUUAGGUGCUGUGGAAACAACAGAGAUCCUAUGAGUAUAAACCACCCACAGCCCUCAAUGACUUCCUAGUCCAAUAAGGGAGAUAGCACAUGAUGACAAAUCAAUACAAUGCUAACUAGCAAGUCAUAUUUCAUCCAAAAAAUGUGAGAGUUAAGUGGAGGAUUACUUUGGUGAAGCAAUGAUUUACCUUAAAUUAAAAUAUUCAUCAUGGGUGAUAUCCAGAGGGGAAAAAUUGUGUUUUAAUUUCAACUUAAGGGCUUAUUUUUAAAACUAAUUACUUAAGCUUUUCUGCCUUCUUCAGUGGCAUUGACACAUGAAAAUAGUUGGGAAAUCUUAUGAAUUUCCAACACCCUUGUGGAAAGCAAAUGUAUUGUAAUUUACUAAAGGCAUUUAUGUAUCAAGGCAUAAUCUCUUCUGGGGAAGAGGAAGGUGAAGAUGAGUGUGAGAAACAUCAUGAAUUUUAAAAUUCAUGAGUUGGCAUUUGAACUUUAGUAUGGUUCUAAGAUUAAUUCAGUAUAUUGCAUGCAUUUGCAGUUGAAUUAAAGAUUUUGAAAUUGAUGAAAAGAGAAAGAAAUUGACUUUGACAUACUGUUUGAUAUUGCCAUCAAUUAAAUGCUCAGCAAGUUCAAUUAAACACAGUGUAGAAAUAAAACAAAGAGGGAAAAUCUGAAAUUGGCACUUUAAUUACUUCUUUUAAAAUUGCCUCCAAUUAACUUUCAGCAUCUUUUCUAGAGUGCUUAAAGUAGCAGAUUCUUUAGAAUAGAAAUAAGUGUGGUUUCUUUACUAUCAUUACCUCAUUAAAAUCAGUAUCUAGAAUUAGAUUUGAUCACUUUAUCCAAGUUAAGGCUAAAUUUAUUUCUCUCUUUUAAAUAGCCAACCAACAUUUUGAGUUCUCUUAGGUUGAAGUUCAUUGCCUGAAGUGGAUUCUGUAUUUUAAUAUUCACAGCACAAAGCCAUGAAACUUAAAAGUUGUUUUGUUUAUACCUUUUUGGCAGAGAUGAAAGAAAUUCAGGAAUCAUAAAACACUGGUAUUUUCAGUACAGUAAUCAGGACAGGAUUCAAGUGAUAGAAUUUAAUUUUUAUGUAGUUUGUGCCAAGAUGCUACUUACACACAUCCAAGCCAAGGGUGAAAAUCCAGAUCUCAACUGGGAUAGGGAUUCCCAGGCCCUCCCUGGUAUUCAAAGUUGGGAUUUAUAGCAGCCAGGUGAUUUCCUGGGAACUUGUAUCUGAUUCUUUUUUUAUGUUGGCUUCUUUCAUUUCCUCAGAAGAAUAGUUUUGCCAUGUGACUGGAAAUUGGUUACCAGUGGCUACAGAUUUUAUGUUUUUUAAAAGAUAUGUUUGGGGGCCAGCACUGUGGCAUAGUGGGUAAAGCUGCCACCUGUGAUGUUGGCACUCCAUAUGGGCACUAGUUCGAAUUUCAGCUGCUCUAUUUACAAUCUAGCUCCUUGCUGUUUUGCCUGAGAAAGCAGUGGAAAAUGGCUCAAGUCCUUGCACUGCUAUACUAACAUUGGAGACCCAGAUGAAGCUUCUGGCUCCUGGCUUCCACCUGGCCCAUCCUUGGCCUUUGAAGCCAUUUGAGAAGUGAACCAGUGGAUGGAAGACAUCUCAUUUUCUCCUCCUCUCUCUCUGUAACUCUUUCAAAUAAAUAAAUAAAUAUUUUAAAAAGAGAUAUGCUUGUUUAUUUGAGAGGCAGGGAGACUGCAAGUGAGAGAGAUUUCCCAUCUACUAGUUCACUUCUCAAAUGCCUGCCUCUGCUAGGGCCAUGCUGGGCCAUGUCUGUGGCAGGAACCUGAUUAUUUUGGCUAUCACCUCUACCUCCCAGGGUCUGCAUUAGCAGGAAGCCAGAGUUAUGUGGAAAGUUGCAUAUUGAGCAGUGUCUUAACUGGUCCUUUAUGUUCAUACCAUCACCUAUAGCAAUCUAGGUGGCACUUCUUACUAGUGUGUUGGUACCCAGAAUAUAGAGAUGCAUAUGAUAAGUCACUUCAUGGUCAAUGUUGCUCCAAAUUUCUAAGACUCAUUAGGGCAGGUGUUUGGCCCAGGGGUUAAGACACUGCUUGGAAUGCUUGCACCACUUAUCAGGGUGCUUGUGUUUGAGUCCUGGCUCUGCUCCUGAUUCCAACCUUAUACUAAUCAGUUCCCUGGAAGACAGCAGGUAAUGGCUGAAAUAGUUGGAUCAUUGCUACAUGUGGGAGACCUGGAUUGAGUUCCCAGCUCUUGGCUUCAGCCUCUCCUCUUCCCCCUCCACCAAUCCCUCUUCCUCAACCUGUUUGCCUUUCAAAUAAGUGAAUAAAAAUUUAUGCAAAUUAGUCCCUGUGUUUCCAGGUCUGCAACCCAGGGUCACAACUUCACUCAAGGUUAACUUUAUUUUUUGUAUGCUUUUAUUUAUGUAUUAGAGGUAUAAGAGGUAUAUUUGUAUCUUCUUAAGAUAGUUUUGUGUUUGUUCAGAGAAUCUUUUCCAUAUAAAUUAAGUGGACUUAUCUUUCUCAUUGAAUGUUUAUGGAUAAUAGAACAAAUAUAUUCACAUAUACACACAUUUAGCUGUGGGGUUUUUACAGUUUCUUGAUGAUGAAAAUAAUGUUUCUUAUUUCAAAAGUAAAGUACUGCAAACUUUUAAGAAAAUAUGUCUUUUAAAAAACUUUAAAAUGAGCUGUAUUUUAUAUACAAUUUCUUAACUUUGUUUGCUGUUUUCCCCUUAUCCCUUAGUUUUGGGGAUAUAUGACUCAAAUGAUUGUUUGGUAUUGAAUGUUAAAGGUUGGGCCAUACCUGAUAUCUAUGCAUGACUGUUUCAUUGUUUACUGAUGCAGCUAUCCAACUUACCCUGUAAGUCAUUCUCUCUGUCUCACUCAUCACAUUUGUUGCUCCUCCUUUAGAUUUCUCAAAGACUUAGUACCAUGGUGGAUCUAGUACUAUACUCCCAAUCCACAGUGAUUGAUGUCCUAAAUUACUAAGUUAGAUUGCUUUAAGCAUAGAUUCUCUGCUAACAUGUUGGCCACGAUGACAUAUGAAGUGUAUCCAGCUAAUGAUUUCCAGGCUUAUAGCUUAUGUAAUGUGCCUGUGGAACUAUGUUGAUGCUUUUAUUCCUGGAAAAAGCAGGGCAUGUCAAAUUUAUUACAUGCAAAAUUUGUCUUCUAACCUAGAGGAACCUUUUCCAUAGUUAUAAUGAUAUCUUGUGAUCCUUUGCUAUCCUGGUAAAAAAGAAAAUAAAUAUAAUAAAUGAACUCACCAUAUAAGGCAGGGCUUCCCAAACUUUUCUGAGCCAUACACCCUUUGACUUCUUGUAGGAGUCUGGUUCCCUUUUUAGCAUUCUAUUUUUAUGUAUAUAUUAUAAAAUAUAUACACAAUAAAGUAAACUACUUACAUUGAAAUGCAGGUGUUAGCAUUAAAAAUAAAGAAAUAAAAAUACAUACUUCAUUAUUCAUAUAUUAAAUAACAAAAUUCAGUUAGUUCUAAUAACCUGUAUUUUUCAAAAUAGUGAUGAUAACAAGUGAUAUUUUGCUGUAUCUGUACUAUUUAUAAUGUGACAAAAAUUUAUAUAUGAUUUUUGUACAUAUCAAAGUCACAGAUAGUGCUAAGUCUGUAGUGGUUGAUUUAUUAUAUUCAUAAAUGAAUGAAGAAAUGAAUUUCAUGUGGAGAUUAAUAAGAACAAAAUGUAAUAGUUUCCACUUAUGGGCCAUUUGUUUUAUACGCAUGGAUCCAUUAGAUGGAAUGAAGUUGAAAACUUUGGAUCGAGUUAAGGGGCACUAUUAUAAAAUCUUAAUGAUUGAAUAUAUUGCUUCUGUCAUAGGUUUUUCAUUUUUAUUUUUUGGAGGGGAUUUAUUUUUAUUUGAAAGUCAGAGUUAAAGACAGAAAGGGAGUGAUAGAGAUCUUCCAUCUGCUGGUUCACUCCCGAGAUGGCCACAACAGUCAGGGCUGGACCAGGCCGAAGCCAAGAGCCAGGAGCUUCUCCCAGGUCUCUACAUGGGUGCUAGGGUCCGAAACACUGGGGUCAUCUUCCACUGCUUAUCCUAGAUCAUUAGUAGGGAGCCGAAUUGGAAGCAGAGGAGCUGGGACAGGAACCGGGAUGCUGAUGCUUGCAGGUGGCAGCUUAACCUGCUGUACCACAAAGAUAUUUCUUUCUGGUUUUUGCAUUUUUUUAAAAAAAAGACCUUCAGGUUUCCUUUUUGGACACUAUGAGAAACAGUGACUUGAUCAGCCCUUGUCCUGACUGUUGAUGUACAACUUAAUACUUUAUCCUUUUUAGUAUUUUUUUUUGUUCUACUUGAGACUAUUGGUUGAACUCUGUAAUUAACACACAAUUAUUCUUAGGUGUUUAAAUUUUAACUGAAAAGUGAUCCCUGUUAGAUAUAAGAGUGGGAAUAAGAGAGGGAGGAGAUGUGAGAUGUACAGUUUGGCACAUGCUCAAUUGGACUUGCCCCAAAUGGUAGAGUGAGAAACAUACCAGGGGUUUCCAAUACAAUCCCAUCAAGGUGGCAUGUACCAAGGCCAUCUCACUAGUCCUAGUGCUCAAUUUCAGUUCACAAUUGAUCACACUGAUAGGUCUAAGAGUCAAAGGGAUCACACAAACAAGACUAGUGUCUGCUAAUACUAACUGAUAGAAUUAAAAAGGGAGAGAACGAUCCAACAUGGGAAGCGGGAUACACAGCAGACUCAGAGAAUGGCAGAUGUCCUAAACAGCACUCUGGUGUCAGAAUCAGCCCUUAAGGCAUUUGGAUCUGGCUGAAGAGCCCAUGAGAAUAUUUUAGGCAUAAAAGCCAAGACACUCUGGCAAAAAAAACCCAAACAAACAAAAAACAAAACAAAACAAAAAAAAACAAAACCAACCUAAAUGAAAGAUCUCUGUAAGUGAGAUCCCAGUGGGAAGAAUGGGCCAUCAAAGAAGGAGGUACUUUUCUCUGAAGUGAGGAGAGAACUUCCACUUUGACUAUAUAAUCGGGGCUGGUGCCGUAUCUCAAUAGGCUAAUUCUCCGCCUGCGGCACCCACACACCAGGUUCUAGUCCUGGUCGGGACACCGGAUUACGUCCCCAUUGCCGAUAUUCCAGUCCAGCUCUCUGCUGUGGCCCGGGAGUGCAGGGGAGGAUGGCCCAAGUCCUUGGGCCAUGCACCCACAUGGGAGACCAGGAGAAGCACCUGGCUCCUGGCUUUGGAUCAGCGCAGUGUGCCGGCCGCAGAGCGCCAGCCACAGUGGCCAUUGGAGGGUGAACCAACGGUAAAGGAAGACCUUUCUCUCUGUCUCUCUAUCACUAUCCACUCUGCCUGUCAAAAAUAAAUAAAUAAAUAAAUAAGAUCGGAGUCGGCGAAUACAAAUGGCUUCCAUAGCCUUGGCAACUCAUGACAAGAGCCUAGGGAGAUUACUGACGCCGUAAACAAGAGUGUCAAUUUGUUAAGUCAACAACAGGAGUCACUGUGCACUUACUUCUCAUGUAGGAUCUCUGCCCUUAAUAUGUUGUUCAAUGUGAAUUUAUGCUAUAACUAGUACUCAAACAGUAUUUUACACUUAAUGUUUCAGUGUGGGUGCAAGUUGUUGAAAUCUUUACUUAAUAUAUACUAAAUUGAUCUUCUGUAUAUAAAGAUAAUUGAAAAUAUAUCUUGAUGUGAAUGGAAUGGGAGAGGGAUC